AAUCGUGACAAAAUAUUUAAUAGCUCGUGUAAGUGCAAAAGCGUCCGAACGCAGAACUAGUUUGUUUAUCUUAAUUUAAAAAUAAAGUUAAUAUAGACGCGCCCGAUGGGUGACGGGUGAAAAUGCGACUAGCUCGAGGGACGUCAUCAAUCCGCGUCUAAGAUGAAGACACAUUGGAGGAACACAUGAGAGAGUUGUGGCUUUUGUAGUCCAUUUGAAGUGAAUAAAGUGAGCGUUUACAGCCUCAUCUCUGCUGAAAUGUCUCUGUUUCAUGUCAACAGAUAUCUUGGAGAGGAGGAAAACGAGAGCGCCUCCAAGGAGUCUCGGUCUCAGGCGUUGCUGGCUAAACUGCAGCAGAAGGCAAAAGAGAAGCAGAGACAGAGUUUGACAGAACCGAGACGACUGCGACCUGAAGGACAGACAGAACAGCAGGACAUCAAAAAGGAAAGAAAAGCUGACGAGGACCGCAAUCAAGAGCGUCAAGGCCAGAAAAAGAGGAAAUCAGAAGCAGAACCUUUGUUUGGGUCGGACUCUGACAGCCAAGAUGAGCCGGUCAAAGAGAAGAUGAAGGACAAGAAAGGAGCAAAUGAGAAACAGAAGAAGAAGAAAAAGAAGAAGGACCAGUCAGGUCUUUCAGACACUGUGACUGGAACAGACGGACAGAAGGACGCAGCAGGAGGAGAGGACGUGGAGACAGAAGAUAAAACACAAAAACAAACCACAGAGAAGACUUCUGCUCCAACUGGGUUCACAGUUCUGGGAGGAUUUGAGAACAAACCUGUCCAAAAGGUCCACAGAGUCCUGCCUCAGUGGCUCGCUCAGCCUGAUGUGAUUCACAGAGACAUUAAAAGUAACCUGGUCCCCGUCUCUGACAUCCCAGGACUGUGUGCUCCGCUCGUGAAAAAGUUACAAAAUAAUGGAAUUCAGCACUUUUUUCCAGUGCAAACGGAGGUCAUCCCAGCCAUCUUAGAGAGCGCACAUCAGGGCCUGCUGAUUGGACGAGGCGGCUACAAGCCCAGAGAUAUUUGUGUGUCCGCACCAACAGGCAGCGGCAAGACACUUGCAUUUGUCAUGCCUGUCAUUCAGGUGCUGAUGGAGCGGGUGGUGUGUGAAGUCCGGGCUUUGGCUGUGUUGCCCACCAAGGAGCUCGCCCAGCAGGUUUGCAAAGUGUUCACAUCGUACGCUGAGGGAACCACUCUCAAAGUGGUGAUGCUGGCUGGACAGAAGACCUUCGCUGCAGAGCAGGCUUCACUGUCAGAACUCAGAGGCGGCAUGAGACGCAGUCUAGCAGACAUUGUUGUGGCUACUCCAGGUCGACUGGUCGAUCAUAUCAACAAGAACUCUGGCUUCUGUCUGGAACACCUCAGGUUUCUGAUCAUUGACGAGGCUGACAGGAUGAUUGACAGCAUGCACCAGUCUUGGCUCAGUCAGGUGGUAAAGGCGGUGUACAGAUCAGGAAGUGGAUCAGAGACCAUGUCCAUGUUUAGGCGGACUGAGCCGGCAUACAUCACAGCGGCCAGCCUGUCUCCUCCUCAGAUGCCGCUGCAGAAGCUGCUGUUUUCUGCCACGCUCACACAGAACCCAGAGAAGCUGCAGCAGCUGGGCCUCCACCAGCCCAGGCUCUUCAGCUCCAUCCACGGUCAGUCCAGCGCCUCAUCAGCAACCCCCACCCAGAAACAAGACCGCUUUGACUUCCCCCAAGGCCUGACGGAGUAUUAUGUGCCCUGCACGUUAAGCAAAAAGCCCCUCCUCAUCCUCCACUUCAUCCUGCGCAUGAAGCUCAGCCCCAUCCUCUGUUUCACCAACUCCAGAGAGACUGCACACAGACUUUACCUGCUGGUGCAGCUCUUUGGUGGAAUUCAGGCUGCUGAGUUCUCCUCCAGACUCUCUCCUGGUGAGAGGAAGAAGACGCUGAAGGAAUUUGAACAAGGAAAGAUCCAACUGUUGAUCAGCACAGACGCAGCUGCCAGAGGCAUCGACGUCAGCGGGGUCAGAUGUGUUGUGAAUUAUGAUGCACCGCAGUACAUCAGGACGUACAUCCACAGGAUUGGAAGAACAGCACGAGCGGGGAAAGCAGGCCUGGCCUUCACCUUUCUGCUUGGAGUACAGGAGAAGAACUUCCUGCAGAUGGUGGCAGAAGCAGGAAGCCCCGGGAUUCAAAAGCAGAUCGUUAAACCUGAGAACCUGAAGGGCAUGGAGGCCCGAUAUGAACAAACACUGCAGGAGCUGGCUAAUGCCAUCAAGGAUGAGAAAGCCAAAUGAUGGAGGAGCGGUGCAGGACGUUCUCCUUUCUUCUGAAGAUCAGCUGUACAGCAGCACACCAGCCCAACACAUGACGAGGAGCUGCAGACAAACACUGACUGAUUUAUGUGGCUGAAAACUUUUUGGUUUUUGUUAUUCUUCCCAUCAGUCUGCCUGACUCUGACAAAUAAGCCGUGUACACAAGUGAGAUUAUCAAAGAGUAUUAUGAAGUGAAUAAUCGUGUGUUCAUAAACUGUUCUAUCAUUUGUGAAGUGAAAUUACAUCAUCUGUUUUAAUACGUUUUAUUGGAAA